UUUAGUAUCAAACACAGAGUUGUUUCAGUAACUUUGAAAGUGCAAAGCUACAAUAAUUACUUAAACCAAUGACAGCGUGAAUUUUAUUUUUUAAAAAAAUGAAAAAUUUAAAAAUUCUUUUCAUCAUCUCCACUUUCUUUUUGGGUACAUUAGGAAGAGAUAUAUCAACAAAACAGGAUCAUUAUAAAAUUUUAACAAUCGACGAAGGGAAUGCCCUCGAAAUAUCAUGUAUCACCAAAGAUCCAAUUAAAUUUUUGUAUCCAAUUGGAACGGAAUCGGGACAUACACAGAUAAAUACAUCGAAUUUCACAAUUUCCCGCGUGGAAUCCGAUUCCGGUGAAGUCCAUCAUAUUUUUCGACGUCCAAAAGCAAUUCAUGGGGAUUCGGGAUUUUAUGGUUGUUUGAAUCUCAAGGAUGCUCGUAAUCAAAAAUUCGUCAAACGAAGACCCUUUAAUUUAACAUAUCUCUACGUAAAAUCGAAAACGAACGCAUUUGUGGAAGAGUUAUCUCUUAGUAUUCAUUAUGGUCCAGAAGGAUCAGAUUUGCAUAUAAACUGUAGACCAACUUCACCAGAUUUGCAUGUCAAAUUGGAACAUUAUUAUCGUGGAAGUCGUACAGUGUUAACGUCGGAUCCUAGUGUGGCAUUUAAUCCAACGUACGGUUUCGAAUUAAAAAAUGCGACAUUCUUAAAAAAUAAUGGAGUCUAUGUAUGUAAAACUGUCAGCGAAGAUGGUAGACCUCAAGAACUUAUUCAUACUUAUAAAAUUCAUAAAAAGACAAAAAUAAAUGAACCUCAAAUUGGAAUGGAGGAGGCAAAUCAACAUAUUGUACGUGGUCAGACGUUACGUUUAAAAUGUUACAUAAUGGUAACUAAUGUCACUAACUACGUUGUGAAUUGGGAAUCCCCAAUGAUUAAUCGAUCCAGUCAAUUUGUCAAUUCCGUGCAAAUGGAUGCUAACAAAUUACUUGUUCAAAAUCAUUUGGUGAAGACAAAUGUUCAAGAUUCGGAUGAAGGGGAUUACAAAUGUUUGUUUUGGAAUUAUGACACGAAUGUCACUAAAUCCGAUGUGGCGUAUGUGAAAAUUAAUGAUCCGUCUUUGAAAUAUUUAAAUGUAACUAUCCAUCGGACAAAUGAAACAUUCGUACGAUAUUCAGGAGAUGAAGUACUUUGGAUUGCUGAAAUUGACGCUUAUCCAGAAGCUACUAUUAAAUGGUUAAAUUCAACAGGAGGGAAUAUUGUCGAUAGCAAAAAAUAUAAAUUAUUUAAUUUACAUUCAACAACUGGAUUACUGAUUAAAAAUAUCAAUUCUAAUGACUCUGGAGUAUAUUUACUAGAAGUGUACAAUGAUUCCAAUAGAAAGUUUUUUAAUUUUCGCUUAGAAGUGAAAAAUUUUCGUAAUUAAUUCCCAAUUUAUGUAAAAUACUGUAUUUUUUAAUUUGAUUAAAAAAAAAAUAA